GUCAUUGCCAACAGAUUGAUAUUUCAUCGUAAUCGUAUUCAACUAUAUAAGCUUUGAGAAUAUCGUCGGUUUUAGCGACGAAACAUAUUGUAAAUAAGCGCGAAACAUUGUGAUAAACUUUCUUUAGUGUUAGUUAAUCUAGUACAAUUUUAAUAAAUUCAAAAUGUUUAUUUGGGAUUGGUUUACUGGUGUUUUGGGAUUCUUGGGUUUGUAUAAGAAAUCUGGAAAAUUAUUGUUCCUGGGACUGGACAAUGCCGGAAAGACCACAUUACUGCACAUGCUGAAGGAUGAUAGAUUAGCGCAACAUGUACCUACAUUGCAUCCCACAUCGGAAGAGCUCUCGAUAGGCAGUAUGCGGUUCACGACAUUCGACCUGGGCGGGCAUCAACAGGCACGGCGCGUGUGGCGCGACUACUUCCCCGCCGUGGACGCGAUCGUGUUCCUGGUAGACGCAUGCGACCGCGUGCGCCUGCCCGAGUCCAAGAAGGAGCUGGACUCGCUGCUGACGGACGAGACGCUCAGCAAUUGCCCCGUGCUCAUCCUCGGAAACAAGAUCGACAAACCCGGCGCAGCUAGUGAGGACGAGCUGCGGCAGUUCUUCAAUCUCUACCAGCAGACCACCGGAAAGGGCAAGGUGUCACGAUCCGAGCUACCUGGUCGGCCGUUAGAACUAUUCAUGUGCUCGGUGCUGAAGCGCCAGGGCUACGGCGAGGGCUUCCGCUGGCUGGCGCAGUACAUCGACUGAGCGCCUUUACACGCUCCGGCUCGCUUAUAUCCGUACGCUUUUCGUCACUACUCCCCCACGUAGCCUUCUUGUUUAAUUAAGGCUUGCCUUAUAUGAUGAGUCCAAUGUUGUGUCAAGACAUUGCUCUAAAAUCAUUUUUAAUUUUUAAAGGUUUUAUAUUCCUAUAGCUUUAAAAGUAACUACUUCCUGUAAACUCUGUUUAAGAAGAAGCUCUUUAAACUUUACUAGACAUUUUUAACUAAAAACAUGUUAAUUUGAGGAACACUCAUGAUGACCAACAUUGGCCUCAAUAUAAGUGGCCUCUUAUACAAAUGCUCUCAAUUUUAUUAAGUAACUGACAGAGCAUUAAUAUUAUUUAUAUUUUUAUAGUAUUUUUAGUGCCCAAUUUUAAAGGAACAUUAGUGAUUUAUCCCUAGUGACAACCACUAGCCUACAUUUAAUUUGUGUAUGGAAUUGCUCUCGUGUGUAAGCAGCCGAUAUCUCGCUCACUAGUAAUGGAAUAUUAUUGGCUCUGAUUUCUAUUAUAUCAUAAAAUAAACCGUUAACAAUGAAAUAUCUCUAAAUAGUUGAUUUUCAUGCAGGGAUUUGAGAUUAAAAGGAAACAGACAUUUAAUACAAGUUGCUAUGGUGGUGGUGAUGGGUGUUAAUAAGGUGUAAGCAGACGAAGUGUUAAUAAUUUUCAAGUUGAAAACACAAAUAAAAGUUUUCAAAAUG